UGUCACGGAGGGGGAGUUUGAUUUGGGACGGGUCUGUGCGCCGGACGCCUGGACGGACACUCACUGCAACUGAAUGAUAGUUAAAUCUCCUCUUUUAAAUCGGGAUUUUGUGGUUAAUAAUCACCGAACUGCGUAACUCCAGUACUUCAGGUCCCCAGAGAGAAAAGUUCAGGCUGCUUUUUGGUUCUGAACCAUGGAAGCCCAGAGGAAGCGGACAGCUUAUCGCCACUAGACCCCGUGGAGGAAAAGAAUGGACCGAGUGAAAACUGACCCGACCGAGGUGGACUGAUCCCCGCCAUGUCGCCCUCCUCUCCCUGCCAGGAGGGCUACAAGCCGGCGCCGGCGGCCCCCGCGCCGCCCGUCCCGCCGCGCAGGGUCCGGAGCAGGGACGAGGGCUCCGGAGGGAGGACGCGGCGGGCGGCCGCUCCGGAGAGGCGGGUGAAGUGUGUGCUGGUUGGGGACGGAGCGGUGGGGAAAACCAGCCUGGUGGUCAGCUACACCACCAACGGAUACCCCACCGAGUACGUCCCGACGGCGUUUGACAACUUCUCAGCGGUGGUGUCAGUGGACGGACAGCCGGUGAAGCUGCAGCUGUGUGACACAGCAGGACAGGAUGAGUUUGACAGGCUCCGUCCGCUGUGCUACACCAGUGCAGACGUCUUCAUGCUGUGCUUCAGCGUCGUCAGUCCCGCCUCCUUCCAGAACGUUCCAGAAAAAUGGGCCCCAGAGAUCCAUAAACAUGCCCCCUUCGCUCCCCUCGUCCUGGUGGGGACACAGUGCGACCUCAGAGAAGACGUCAAGGUGCUCAUCGACCUGGCGAAGUACCGGGAGCGGCCCGUGGACCCUUCGGAUGCCCGGGACUGUGCCAUGGAGAUCGGAGCCGUGGCCUACAUGGAGUGCUCCUCUCUGACCCAGAAGAACCUAAAGGAGGUGUUCGACACGGCCAUCCUGGCCAGCCUGCAGAAAUACGGCUCACGGAAACGCUCGAGAGGCAAACAGAAGCACCGAAAAAAGGCAAGGCAGACCCCGGACAAGGUGAAGAGUCUGUCCAAGUCCUGGUGGAAACGGUACUGCUGCGUGGCGUAGAGCAGACCUGGGACUGGAUCCGGCUCUAAUUCUGGGCUGGAGUUUUAAAGAAAACUAUAUAAAACCCUGACUGGAACGUGGAAUAUUGUGGAUGAGAUUUACUACUGAGCUUUGAGUCGCCUGGAGGAUUCUCUGGUGUUUAUUCACUUAGACUGGUUAAACACCAGUUCUGUUCUGGGACCAGUAAAAGAUGUGACAGAGUCAUAUCCAGGUUGCUUUUCUCUGGAUUUCUGGUCCACAAAUACCAAGGAAAAAAUAAACAAACAGACAAAACAACCUGCCUUUUUAUGCAUCCCAGAGGAAAACUGGAAUCUUUGUUGGAUGUAAUUAUUAUAAUCGAUGAUCUAAGCCAAACAACACACUGUCAGCUGACUGUAAAUUGUUCCCAAUUCUGGACUGGUUUAAAAUAAGAUCAGAAAGAGCUGCUGAUAGAAAGAGAGUCGCCCUCAGAGCAGACUUUGUCACGGAGGAUUUUACGACCCAGACAAGAUCGCCAGACACACAUGAAGUCAAAACAAGUCCGUCCUGACUUUAAUUCAGAGCCAUUGUUACUCUGAUGAGAGGACUCGUUGAGUAACCACAUCCUGAUUUUACACGUUCAGUUUUGAUUAUGAAUCAGCUUUUUGUUUGGUCUUAAACAGAACAAUUUGUACCAAAUUCAGGCUUAAUUUUUUUAUGCAAGCGCUCAAAUCAUAUCUAAUCUUGAUACGAACUCAUGCACAUUUUUGUCCUAUCAGAAGACACAAACUGUUCCCGCUUUGAUCAAAACUGAGAUUUCCAAACAACCCACAUUCUUCAUAUCUUUUUUUUUCUGUAGCAGCAAACAAACUAUUUCAUGUCUCUACGUUGGAAGGUAAUUUAUCAUCUUUUCCUCUCAAACUCAUCAGGACUGACAGUGAAAACAGAGCGAUGCCGGUUCAGGUUGGUUAGCUGUGAAAACGGGAUCAUUUCUUCUACACGUGUUUGGCUUGUAACUUAAACAAAGUGGUUUCAAACAUUUCCACUGCUAUAUGUGAUUUAUCCUUUCAGACUUGACUAUGAGCGUUUGCUGAAUCAGAUCCUCCAUGGUUAAAUCUAAAAUUAGCUAUAAUUAAUUCAUAAUGCAUUUGGCUAUCUUUGUUUCUUAAGAAAAAUCUAUUUUCUCUGUUAUAUUACUGGAUUUUAUUGUUAGUUACUGACACUCUGUCUAUAACGCAUAAAUAAUCUAUAAACCUGGUGUUUUUCUCUUUCUAAUAUUUCAUCAACUUUCUAAUAUUUCAUCAAAUGAAAACCACAAACUUUAAUGUUUUCUAUUUUUUGCGACAAACCAAGAUACAGUGAUGCAUCGAUAGGAAGAACAAAAGUAAAUCAUCGUUUCAGUUUGUUUCAACAGAUGAAAAUCUAAAAAGUGCGGUGGGCAUUUGUGCCCAGCUCCUCUAAGUCAACAGAGGGGAUAACAAUGCAUCAAAAGACGCAAAUAAACAGUUUGUUUUUAAAUAAA